AUGACAGCCAUUGGAACUCGGCGACGUCUCUUUCCCAUUGAGGAUAUGCACCAUAUGUUUCGCUACCUGUGUCGCGUGGAUCGCUUCAAGGGCGUGGUUGUCAGGGUAAUCACGGUAUUCCUCCUGGUUCCCUUGUUACUAUGGCUGGUUGCCAGGCCACCACUCAUCAAGCUUCCAUCACGAACUUCGAACUACUUCAAGGUCGCCUACGGAACGUUGUAUUACUUCGCCUCAUGGCGGGAGUCAUACACGAAGGAGGACGCGUAUCAACAUUGUGAAUAUAAGAACUGCAUUCCGACUAGAGAUGUCACAGAUGCAGACGCUGUUGUAUUCCAUAACUGGGAUAUCAACAUGCCUUUUUCAGAUACGAGGUCGGGGCGGAAUCGGGCGAAACAAGUGUGGAUUUACUAUGGACUGGAGCCCUUGGCGCGGACCAACUGGUUCCCGGCUGCACUCAAUGGCCUGUUCAAUUGGACAAUGACGUACAUGUCCACAUCAGACAUCCCACUCAAAUAUCACGUCUACGAAAAGGUACAGAAUGUUUCCUCAAGAAAGUGUGAUCUCACUCCCGUAUUGAAUAAACCUCGAACAGCGCUCAUGGUGGCAAGUCACUGUCAUACUGUCAGCAGGCGAGAGGAACUGGUCGAAGAGCUCCGAAAGGAUAUUGACGUGGAUGUCUUCGGUAAAUGUGGCGAACCGUGCCCAAAUAAUUGUGACUUUGGUUUGUUUGAAAAGAAAUACAAAUUCUAUUUUGCCUUUGAGAAUUCGAAAUGUUUGGAGUACGUCACCGAGAAAGUUUGGAUGAACGCUUUAGCCGUUGGUCUAGUUCCUGUGGUUCUUGGCGGGAAAACCAGAAAGGAUUACGAGAUGCUUCUCCCGCCAGAUUCAUUCAUUUACGCAGACGACUUCUCGUCACCAAAACUACUGGCGGGACAUUUAAGAACCGUCGGAUCAGACCCGAAACUUUACAACAAUUAUCUGAAAUGGAGGAAGGUUUUCAGACUGUCAAAUUCUCAAGAAAACACGGACUUGUGUUCAAUAUGUCGAGGUCUUAAUAACAAAACGCUGAUGUCUAAGCCACGCGUUGUUAGAAAUCUUGAAAAGUUUUGGAAUGUCACCCAGGACUGUCAUGGCGCUGGGCCCGGUGCACAUAAAACGAGAUGGGCUACUCUGAAGGGAUAUCUUCUUUACCUAUUCGGGGUGCUGUAA